AUGGGUGACUUCAAUCAAAUCGAGUUUCUCAGUCAAAAUUCCGGAGGAUCUGAUCACAUACCAGGAAAAGAGCAAUUCCCGGUGUGGCGAAACCUGUUGAGACUCUCAGAAUUAUCCUUCCAUGGGCAACCUUUCACCUGGUGCAAUAAUCGCUUAGAAUCGGAUAGGAUAUACGAAAGAUUGGAUAGGGCAUACGCCUCUGAAGAUUGGAUUCAUAGACAUCCAGAAGCAACAUUGCUAAUCCUCCCGAUUCUAGUCUCAGAUCAUAGCCCAAUACUGUUAUACACUUCACCGAACAAGCUGCGGAGAAAGACACAAAUCAACCUAGAGGCAUGGUGCCUGGGGUUCGCAGAAGUAGCUACAACUGUCACUAAUCACUGGAACAAGCCCGUAAGCGGAUCCCCGAUGUAUCAGAGAGCGCAAAAAUGUCGUCACAUAAGGUAUGACCUGUUCAAAUGGUGCAAAAACUAUAAAAAGCAAAAUAAUAUCCAGUGGAGAACAGCUCUAAACCAGUGUGGAAAUGUCCAAGCCAAUAUACCAUUCAAUAACGGAGGAGAUAUUGAUGAAAAGCUCAAAAAGGAAAAUAUCGAGAAACUGGAACUUCAGCUGAAGUACUAG